AUGCUUGUCCUCAAUGUGGUGGUUCACAUUGGAAGAAGGAAUGCAAAGGCAAGGGAAAAACUCCUGCGAAAAAGCCAGCAGUUGGAAAAGGAGGGAAAAUCGGGGGAGAUAGGAAAACGAAGCGAAGUGAGGUUGAAGAAUCGCGUGCCGUCGACGGCUCUUUUCUUGUGUUCAAAGUCACAGGCAAUAAAGGACACAAUUAUCGAGCUAGACGUUUCCAAUAUUUGCGAAAGAGCAGGUGUUGUUGGAAACUGA